AUGGUUCCAAAUGAAUCCCACCAGUAUGUGGGGAUUAUACGGUUACUUCAACAUUUUGGAUGGAUGUGGGUUGGACUGUUUGCUGUGGAUGAUGACAGUGGAGACCAUUUCUUUCAAGUGCUGGAGCCGUUGCUUUCGCAGAAUGGCAUCUGUUCAGCCUUCAUAGAAAGAAUGCCAAAGCAAGCUUCUUGGCGAACAGGCGAGCAAAUGAUGACAAUUACCUUAAAUUUUCAUCAACAUGUUACAAAUAGCACAGCCAAUGCAUUUAUUGUCUAUGGAGAAACGAUGAUCAUUACGUGGUUGAUUCUUAUAAUAGAUGCUUUAUAUAAGGGAACUAAUACAUCCAUGAAAAAGGUAUGGAUUAUGACAGCUCAAGUUGAUUUUGCAUUAACAAGCAUCCAAAGAAAAGCAGAUUUGCAAGUCUUCCAAGGUGCGAUUUCCUUCACGGUACACUCACAGCAACUUCUAAACUUCAAGAAAUUUCUUCAGCUCAUGAAACCUUGCCAGACACAAGGAAAUCGUUUUCUCAAGGACUUCUGUGAGCAAGUCUUCGACUGCUGGUUUCCAAAUUCCCAGGAGCCAAUGGAGGUUGGUGAGAUAUGUACAGGGGAGGAGAAGCUGGAGAACCUUCCUGGACCACUUUUUGAAAUGGCGAUGACUGGCCACAGUUACAGCAUCUAUAAUGCCAUCUAUGCUGUGGUGCUUGCUUUCCAUGCAAUGUACUCAUCUAGAUCCAAUCACAGAAUGAUGGUGAAGGGCAGAAGAACUCAACCUCAGGACCACUGGCCUUGGCAGCUCCACCCAUUUCUUCAAGGCCAAGUGUUCAACAACUCUGUUGGAGAAACAAUGUCCUUUAAUGCUAAUAGGGAAAUAGAAGCAGGAUUUGACAUAAUGAGCUUGCUAAUUUCCCCAAACAACUCAUUCCUUAGAGUAAACGUUGGAAGGAUCCAACACAAAGCUCUUACAGAAGAAUUUAGCAUUAAUCAAGAUAAAAUUACAUGGCAUGGAAGCUUUAACCAGGAGCUGCCCAUUUCUUUGUGUAGCAAUUCCUGCCAUCCCGGUGAUCAGAAGAAGAAAAAAGAAGGGGAGAAAUUUUGCUGCUAUGAUUGUGUUCCAUGCCAAGCAGGGAUGAUUUCAAACCAAAAGGAUAUGGACGAUUGUUUCAAAUGCCCAGAAGAUCAGUAUCCAAAUGAAGACCAAGAUAAAUGCAUUCCCAAAAUUAUAACCUUUCUGUCUUAUGAAGAACCAUUAGGGAUUGGCCUAGCCUCUCUUGCAGUCUCUUUUUCCCUGAUCACAGUCUUGGUACUAGGAAUUUUUAUUAAGCACAAAGAUACACCCAUAGUCAAAGCCAACAAUAGGAAUAUCACAUAUGUUCUUUUGAUCUCUCUUCUGCUUUGCUUCAUUUGUUCUCUGUUAUUUCUUGGAAAGCCUAGGAAGGUGACCUGCCUUCUCCAACAAACUACUUUUGGCAUUGUCUUCUCAGUGGCUGUUUCUUCUGUGCUGGCAAAAACCAUCACCGUGGUUUUAGCUUUCAUGGCCACAAAGCCAGGAUCUAGCAUGAGGAAAUGGAUUGGGAAAAGUCUGACCAGCACCACUAUUCUUUCUUGCUCCCUUGUGCAAGGGUUUAUUUGUACGGUGUGGCUAGGAACCUCUCCUCCAUUUCCAGAUGUUGAUAUGGAGUCAUUAAUAGGAAAGAUCAUCUUCAAAUGUAAUGAAGGGUCUGUCCACAUGUUUUAUAUUGUCCUGGGCUACCUGGGACUCCUGUCCAUCUUAAGCUUCACUGUGGCUUUCUUAGCCAGGAAAUUGCCAGAUAGUUUCAAUGAAGCUAAGUUUAUCACCUUCAGCAUGCUAGUGUUUUGCAGUGUUUGGGUGUCCUUUGUUCCAACCUAUGUGGGCACUAAAGGGAAAUAUGUGGUAGCUGUGGAGAUCUUCUCCAUUUUAGGUUCCAGUGCUGGGUUACUGGUUUGUAUCUUUUGUCCCAAAUGCUAUAUAAUUUUGGUAAAACCUGAUCUGAAUAAAAAGGAGAAGCUAAUGAGGAGAAUGAAUUGA